AUGUCCCUGUUGUGGUGCUGUGUUGUAGCAGCAUUCCUAGCAACAAUCAACGCUGCAAUCGAUGUUGAGAAAACAGUUAAACAAGUACAAAGUAUACUAACAUCGAAUGAUCUAUUACCAAGAUUGAGUAGAGACGAAAUAUUACAACUAUUAAAUGAUAUACGCGAAGAAGACGCUAAGACAACAACGCCAAAAGCACGGCUAACAUCGAGAGAACUAAAAACUACAACGCCUUAUAGAAUUGAAGAUGAAAAUGAAAUUAACCCAGUAACCCAGUCACCAGAAAAAUUCAAAGAAAAAAAAGUACAGUUUUCAUCGAUGUCUGGAGCAAAAAUAGAGAGCACUACAAAAUCUAGCGCCCAAACUUUAACUGUCGUGUUUCCGUAUACGCCACGAGACGGAUCGUCUUUACAAGAGCUGUACACUCGUCCUCCACGAAUUGAAGUCGUGCAAGAAAACCUGACACCUAAACCUUUAAGAAAACAAAAAUCGGCAAACAGUCUUAAAGAAAAAUUAACAAACAAUGCAAAAGUAGCAACUGAGCCAAAAUCAGACUUUCCAGCUGAAUUACAAGCAUUUUUAGACGCACAUGGCUUAAAAGGAAAUCCAGAGAAAGAUCACUUUUUAUUACCGCUGGAUGGUUUUAAACCCCUACCCCCAGCUAAAAUUAUAGAUGGUAAUGUAGACCUACCAGAAAAUAUUCUACUUACUUACGAUUUGAUUUCACCUGCCGAUUUAAAAGCUGCCACCGCAAGUAAAAAUUCAGAAAGUAGUUUCCUCUAUGAACCGUUGCAACCAGAAUAUCCAUUUGAGCUGGAUACAGCUGCAUCAAACUCGAAGGAAACAGUGUUGCCUCUUGAUUUACCGAUUAGAAAACCAAAAUCCAUUCCACAACCCAACUACGAACCAAUUGACUAUGAUUCAGUCAAAGUAAUUCCUUUAAAUAUGGGUCUUGAUCCAAUAGAACAAGAAAAAGCUGUAUUGCAAAGUGAUCCUGCAAAGAGACAAACUAAUGAAACAGAAACAACUGACGCUAAAAAUAUAGAGUUAACUACAACCGUGACAUCAGAUAGCAAAAGUGAUGCAUCCGACUCAGCAUCUGUAGGAUCAGAUGCUGGCGCAUCUAUAUCAGACCUUGAAGAUUCAUUUGGAGGUCCGGCACCCGAAACUCCUGGAGACUCAGAAAUACCACCACCAAAGAAAAACGGCUUCUACUGGAUGGUAGAUUGGAAUAGCUUUUUAGAAGUAGGAGACGGCGAUACCAAAGUCAACAUUCGUUUUGAACCAAAAUUAGGCGAUCCACAAAUGUUUUUGCCUAUAACUGUGCCGUAA